UUCAAAACGAAACAACUAGAAGAAGAAGAAAAUUCACAACCACCUAAAAAUGGCGUCAUUGACUUCAACGAGUCCUACAAUUAUAACUACAACUAGGGUUUCAUCUUCAUCUUCAUCACAGUCUUCAUUUCUCCAUCCCAAAACCCAUCUCAAAUUAAACCCUUCUUUCUCCCCUUUCAAAACCAAUCGAAUUUUUCUGAGAAUCAGGGGGGAUUUCAAAGUUGUUAAAGCUACAAUUGAAGAGAAGACAUACCAAAUACCAAAACAACCAGAACUUGAUAACACUGGUGGUGACGGUGGUGGUGGUGAUAUUGGAAGCGGAGGAAGUGGUGGUGACGGAGGUGAAGAAGAAGAAGAAUUUGAAGGAGAUAAGAAGAAGAAGAUGGUUGGUAUGUCUAUGUCUCAGAAAUUGACUUUGGCUUAUGCUGCUCUUGUUGGAGUUGGUGGAUUAAUGGGCUACUUGAAGAGUGGAAGCCAGAAGUCAUUAACAACAGGAGGAUUGUCGGCCUUGCUACUGUUUUACGUGUAUACUCAGCUUCCUACAAACCCGGUUUUUGCUUCGGCCUUGGGAAUGGGGUUAUCAGCUGCUCUUCUAGGUGUGAUGGGUUCUCGCUUCAAAAAUUCUGGAAAGGUCUUUCCAGCAGGUGUUGUCUCUGUUGUGUCCCUUGUGAUGACGGCUGGUUACCUUCAUGGCAUUGUCAGAAGUGUGCUACAUGGAUGAAAACUCAAGAAUAUGGCCUCAGUACUGACAAAGCAUAAUAAUACUUUAGCCGUUUUUGGUCUUUUUUCUUCGUGCAGUCGAGCUAUUUUGUUUGUUUUUUUGAACACAGAACAGUCUGCAGGGUAUGUGUGUUGUAUGAAUUACUCUAUUCUCUCUCUAUAGUAAUUGUUUGCCUUUCUGUGUGCCUUUGAUCA